AUAGAAUAAAUAGAAGAAGAGUAAAAAGAUCAAAAAAAACAACAAAAUAAUAAAAUAAAAGAAGAAGAAAAAAAAGAAGAAUAACCAAUAAUAUUAAAUCAUUAAUAUUUUCCUAAAUACCUCAAAACCCUCCCCAAAGACCUCCUAUAUAUAAUAAAUGAGAUAAAAUUAUAUAAAAACCUUUCUCUUUCCCGAAAUUAAAAUUGGACUAAAAAACUUUAAUAAGAAUUCCUUUUCGAAGAUUUAACCCGUUUAAUAUUCGACCAUAGGUUACAUUUAGAACUACGAUCUGCCCUUUGUGGCUUAAUUCUGACUUUAUAUGUAGACUAGGAGCCUUUAAAAACUCAAAAAAUUCCUUAAAUAUGUAGAGUUUAUAAGUCCAAAUUUUCCCGAAAUUCCAAAAAAAAGAGUCGCAAUGUAACCCAAAUAUGUAAGGAAAAUCUUUCUUAAUUUUAAUAUUUGAUUUUAGAUUGCUUAUCACAUAUAGAAACUUUUUUGGUAUAAAAUUCACCAAAAUGUAUAUCUCCUCAAAAGUCAUAAAAAUAAAUGGCUUUAAAAAGAACAUAAACUAUUUUAGCAGAUGAUAAAAAAGAAAAUAUACUGAAAAAUGUAUUAAAUAAAACAUUAUUUCAUUAAUAGUUUGCCUUGUAUAGUUCAAUGUAUUACAUUAAACUAAUCUAUAUAAUUCUAUUUUAUGUACUUUUUAGACUCUUUUAGAAUAUGAUCAUAUGAAUUAUGAUUUGACAGAGUUCUUGAUUAAUAAAAGAAAUAAAAAUUUUAUUUUUAAAAAAAGAAACAAAUCACUUAUUUAAUAAUUUAAUUAAGUUCUUGGUGUGACAUCGAAUAUCA